ACACAGUUACAUAUUCGAGCAAAACGUUGCAUUUGUAUUUCGAUUAGUUGUGGCUGUUAUCAACAACCAUCCAGUUCAAUCUAUCGUCAACCAUCAUCAUUCACCGGUUCGAUCUAUCGUCAACCAUCAUCAUCCUCCGGUUUAAUCUAUCGACAACCAUUACCAUCCUCCGGUUCGAUCAAUUCACAAUCAUUACCAUCCUCCGGUUUGAUUAAUCCGCAACCAUUACCAUCUUCAUAUCGGCAACCAAUUUAUCGACAACAACCGGAUCGAGCAUCAUGCAUUACAGAUUGCAUUCAACGUUGUAUGCAAAAUCAACAAAAUACUUGUCAACAAACAUGCCAGAAUUUAUGCGGUACACAAACAACAUAUGAACAACAAAAAGGAAAUGUACCAAUAUCUUAUCCGUAUGAGCCAAUGACCCAUGAGAUAGCCACUGGACAGCAAAGCGCUAGUGGAACAUGCAUACAUGUUUGCAUGCCUAGCUGUGAAUCACAAUGCAUUCAACGAUCUACUCCAGUACCUACAUUACCACACCAUAAUGGUCCUAUACCUGUGGUACAAAGCCAGACUCCUUCCUAUUAUCCAUCACAACAGUAUGAACCAGGAGUACACAAUAUUCCGAUAAUGAUAAUACAAUUUGCAUCAAUCUUUGUAUGCCAUCUUGUGAAAGUCAAUGCAUUGAACGAACAACUCCCGCAGAUUACUUUAAAUCAACUUCGUAUUGAUCAUCCAAGACCAACACCUUAUUUACCGGUCAUUGAUUAUCCAAAAUCAUUCCCAUAUUCACCAUCAUCAUCAUCAUCUUAUCAAAAUUAUUUUCCCCAAGCUAAUCAAACAUCAAUUGUUAUUCGACCAUAUCAGAAGAGUGGUACAACAACAAUUUGUUUACCUAUUUGUAUGCCAUUAUGUCAAACACAAUGUACCGAAAAUCAAAAACAAAAUGGUGGAAUAGAUGGAAAAUAUGGUGGUAUCAUUGAGGAACAAACAAUACCUAAUCAAACUAAUUUACCACCUCAUGAAAUUUCCAUUAAUUUACCACAAUCAAUUCAACAAUCAUCAGAUUGCAUGAAUUUAUGCCAUGAAACAUGUAUGGAACAAUGUGUUGAACAAAGUCAACCAGCUGAUCAAUGUCAACCAUCCUGUUUAUAUACAUGUCAGGGAAGUUGUCCUCAAUCUCCAGUAAAUACCGGUACUACCAAUUCCAUUCAACAGCUUCAAACAGAAUCAGAAAUUUAUGAAACAUUUACGCAACCUUCAGAAAAUUUCAUCAAUCCAUCUCUCUCGAAAACAUUCCUUCUUCGUUCACCACCAUAUUAUAGUCAAAAUUCCUUCCAUGAAUCACCAAUCCGUGAAUCAUCUCUUAUCAAUUGUCAAUCUGAUCAUGCAACAACUGGUCAAUGUAAUUGUCCAGCUGGUUAUGCGACAUGUUUAUCAGCAAAAUCUCGUAUUAUUCAACGGAAAUGUUGUAGGAAACGAUGA